GUCAUUACAGGUGACGAAUCAUGGUUCUAUGAUCCUGAAACCAAGCAACAAUCGAGCCAAUGGAAGACUUCAGCAUCGCCUCGCCCUAAAAAAGCUCGUCAAGUGAGGUCAAACAUUAAGACAAUGCUCAUUUGUUUUUUUGAUGUGAAAGGAGUUGUCCAUUCGGAGUUUAUUCCACCUGGUCAGACAGUUAACCAGGCAUUUUACCUAGAGGUGUUAAAAAGAUUACGCAACAGUUUGAGGCGAAAAAGACCUGAUUUGUGGCAGUCAGNUUUUCAUCACGACAAUGCUCCUGCUCACACAGCCCUUUCUGUACGGCGGUUUUUGACCAAAAAUGAUAUGACCACUGUGUCCCAUCCACCCUAUUCGCCCGACCUAUCUCCCUGCGACUUUUUUUUAUUCCCCAGAAUAAAAAGGAACAUGAAAGGAAAGCGUUUCGCGGACAUUGAUGAAGUUAAAAACAAAACGACGGAGGCGUUGGCAGGCAUCACAAAAGAUGACUUAAAAAGUGCUUCGAAAAUUGGAACAAAAGAUUGGCAAAUGCAUUAA